AUGACGGGUGGCCGGGUGCCCACGGUGCGACACAAAGCCGAAGCGACCAGCCACCACCACCAGCCAGGCAUUUCGUUUCGUCCCACGCGGAAAAGCGAUUUCGCCGACACAGUACAGCAGCAGGUGAAACACCGGCGGCGGCAACCCGCGAGCAUGAACGGAGUGUGCAACCAGAGCAUGGUCACCGGCGUCACCGAUUUCCAGCGCUUCAACGGCUUCGCCGAGCACCCGGCCGAGUCCAAGAAGGCGAUGGGGCAGCGAGCGCUGGACACGUCCCGCAAGGAGUCCGAGGACGAGUCCAAGCUGCCGGCGCUCGAGGCUGCCUACGUCACCAUCCUGCGGGGGCUCGGAGAGAACACGGACCGCCAGGGGCUUCUGAAGACCCCCCUCCGGGCGGCCAAAGCCAUGCAGUUCCUCACCAAGGGUUACCACGAAACCGUCUACGACAUCCUGAAUGAUGCCAUCUUUGAUGAGAACCACGAGGAGAUGGUGAUAGUGAAAGACAUUGACAUGUUCUCCUUGUGCGAGCAUCACCUGGUGCCUUUUUUCGGCAAGGUACACAUCGGAUAUAUUCCAAGCAAAAAGGUGGUUGGUCUGAGCAAACUGGCAAGAGUCGUUGAAAUCUAUAGUCGGAGGCUCCAAGUCCAGGAGCGCCUGACCAAACAAAUUGCCAUGGCCAUUUCGGAGGCUUUGCAGCCCAUUGGAGUGGCCGUGGUCAUCGAGGCAGCUCACAUGUGCAUGGUCAUGCGGGGCGUGCAGAAAAUGAACAGCCGCACGGUGACCAGUGCCAUGCUGGGCAUGUUCCGAGAUGACCCCAAGACCCGUGAGGAGUUCCUGGCCCUGACCAAGAACAAAUGAGCCACCCUACCUCAAAGCUAGCCUUCACUCAAACACUGGCAACGGCCUCUUGCGGACUCUCCAGAUCGACCAAGAAUGAUGUCCUUCCUUCCUUGUUUUUUUCUCUCUUUACGUCACAUCUUAUGAGAGGCCAGUCACAUGGGUGCCAUGCUAUUGUUUGUUUGAGCUUAUUUCUGUUUUGGUGCUGACAAAAACCUCACUGAGCAUUUGCAGAAGUGCUGCUCCAACCGGUAGUUGAAACUGCAAGUUAUACUCAGGGUUUUCCAAUAUCUGACAAAGGAUGAAACUGCUCAAGGAAUUCACUCUUAAUUGUGCAACGUUGUCCCAGUACUUAAAUGAGCCACGUCUUCACCCGUGGUAUAUUUGUGGAGGAGGUUUCCUUUUAACAUCCUUCCUUCGUCAGUACUGUAAAUCUGCGUGAAAAUGUAUGGAGAUCUUUUACAAAAAACUUUAUGUCUUACAAGUAUUACAUCUAGUAAGAUACCUUUAUGUUGGUUCGUUGAGUUUCUGGUUGACUGAAGAUGUCUACUUGAAAUACAUCAAACACUGCCCCCAAAAUAACACCUUUUAUGUUGAGCCAAUAUUGAUUUUAGAGUAGAAUCAAUCAUGUGUUGAAUAGGAUUAUUGUUUCUUGGCAAUAUAAUAUGAACAUCCAGCUGCAAGGUCUUGUGCCGUGACGUUUUGUCAAUGGCAUUAUUAGAGAAAAAUGUAUUAUUGUGAGCCAUUCAAAAUCGAUUAUAACACAACCUUGCGGAAAUCAAGAAAAUGCCAUUUUGCAUCAUAAA